UAUAAAAUGAGUUUAGGUACACGGUAUUCGGAACCCGUGACUGAGAAUAAGUAUUGUGUUGCGCGAGAUUAUGCUAUUAUUCGUUUAGAUCAUAUUGAAAGUUCAGACCUGCAGCGCUCCAGUGCUAUAACUAGUCUGUUAUUAAAGACUUAGAGAAAAACCUUAUCUACGAAGGGGCCCCGUGUCCGAAUCCUGCAAAAUGGCCGCCAUCUACAUGCGAAUGCUGGGCUACACCGUGACCUUGUCAAUGCAUGUUGUCAACACGUUUGUGAUGACCAGCUUUCUUCAGGGUCCAGUUAUGGAAGACCCCAACAUUAGGACCUUCACCGCGAUGUAUAAAAGAUUUUUUACUGUCUGGACUACAUUCCUCCAAAUCUUCGUAGCUUCACUGGGUCUGACAUCUGACUACCUCACGCUAAAGUACUCUAACAAGAAGGAACCUCACUGGCUGGAGGUCAUAAGGAGUACGAAGAAUCGUCUUUUCGCUGCUGUACUCUGGCCUACGGUGUUUCUCACCUCCACCCUGUUCUGGUCGCUCUACCAUUACGACCGCAGUUUGAUCUACCCCAUCUUCGCCGACAAGAUCCUCAGCAGCGGCACCAACCAUGUCCUGCACACUGCCGUCAUCCCAUUGGUGGUGUGGGAGGUGGUAUUCCAGCCAAGGAGUGUCCCGAAGAGUCAUACGAUCAACGUUUCUAUGCUCUCGGUGUACAUGUUUACGUAUUUAUUUGUAAUGUACUACACCUACCUAGAGAAAGGCAUCUGGAUGUAUUCUAUAUUCGGCAUCGCAUACGACACUAAUAUUUGCUUCCCCCUCAUUAUAUCAUUCAUCGGUGUUAUGUUAUACAUAUAUUAUCACAUGCAGUGGUUUUUAACGCAGAUAGUUUGGAAAUCCCAGGCUAAAAUUAAAAUGUAACAUACACAGCAGGCAAGUAAAAAGCUCACCCCGUUUUAACAUUGUCUUAACAUUUUGUUAAGGCAAUGUUAAAACGGGGCGACUUUGAACAUGAUGUUGGGCGUGUUCAGCGUUAUGGGAUUUCGAAAAAGUGACUUUCGUUGUAAAAUAAGGCUAAAGUAAUUUUAAGGCAAUGUUAAAACGGGGUGACUUUGAACAUGAUGUUGGCAGAACUGUAGAGGCACCUUUAAAAUGGGGCGACUUCGAAAUAGUAAUGGGACGCUUUAAUUGUAAAAUAAUAAUGCCUUAAAUGUUCCCAUUUACAUUGCAUUAUUUCUUUUUUACUGACAUUGUUUUAAUUUGUACUUUCUAUCUAGUACCAAAAUUGAAUUCAUUUGUUUUAUUUUUAAUAUUGUGACAUUUCGAAUUUUUAAUUUAUUUUUAUUUACAUUGUUUGUUUUUAAUUUGAAUUGUAAUUUUAAUUUAUUUUGGCAUUUUGAUUUUAAUUGGUAUCAUAAAAAAAUAACGAUAUAUAUACGAAUAGUAAUGUAAGCUGAAAUGUAUAUUUUAACUAUGUGAUAUUUGUGUAUAUGAGAUUAAUAAAACUAAACAUUUUAUCAAAAUGUUUUUUGCUUUUAUAGUCGCAUGUUAUGUUUAUGUCUGACAGUUAAGUCAAAAUAUUUAUUAUAUACAAAGCGGCCAGCAAGGCUCUGAACCGGUUUAUUCUUCAUACAAAAAAUACCGGUAUUAUUGCGUUCUUUUUCGUUCUUUGUUUUAUUAUUUCAUGUUUAAUGGGACUAUCUAAUAAUGCGAAGUUGUUGCCUAAAUACAUGAUCCAGUCCUACGUAAAGAGUAUAAAAUAAUUAAAAAUAUUGGGAUAUUUCGGGAUUUAAAAAUAAACCGGUUCCGAGCCAGAAAAUAUAUGUAAAGAUUAUUUAUCAUAAGGGCGUACGGAUUCUGAUAACCGGGUGUUUAAGUGACAUCCAUUUUCACCCCUUGCUGUGAUCAUUCAUUAAAUACAAGUAAGAUUAUUUAAAGACACUAGUGAUACGGGUAACAUAAGUUAUUAUUAAAUAAAACGUUAACAAAAA